AUGGGCAAGGGUGACACCACACGUCAAAGCAGCAAUGUUUAUGUCUCGUUUGGCAGAAGAGGGGCGAACGAGCAUGAUGAUAAUUCGACGAUUCAGAAUUCCAUGUCUGCAGAAGACUCAAGAAUUUCAAAACUCCUUAGAUUGCUUUCAAGAGAAAAUGAUCAAGAUAAAUUCUGUUCCUUGGCGAGACAACUCCAACAAUCUUUCAAGCUACCAGAGAACGGAAAAUACAUAAGACGUGCCUUUGAUAUGAUUACGAAAUCUCUGUUAGAUUUAUUACACACUGGGCCAGGAUUAAAUGCAAAAUGUGAAACUGCGAAGUGUCUUGGCCGUCUUGGGUAUAUAUUAGACCAAAAUAUCAAAAGGUUUAUUGACUGGAUUUUUUCGACAUUCAGUUCUGAACGGAAUGAAGAUGUAUCUUUGUUGCUUUUAAAAGCACUGCUUGAAACUUUGAAAUUAGAUAAAAAAACACAUAAAACGGAAGCAUUUGCUUCCACUUUGAUAUCAAGACUCGUGAAUGCUCUAGAAUUUACGCAUUCUUCAGAUUUCUUCAUUGUUAUUGUUGAUGCAAUUUUACUUGUAGCAGAAAUGUAUCCAUCGUUUUUCACGAAACAUUUUCGCGAUAUGGUGGAUAUACUUGUUGGCUGGCAUAUUGAUAGCAGCCAAGGAAGUUGUAUUACAGAAUAUACAUCACGAAGCCUUCAAAGAUUAAGUCACUAUUGGAUAGAGGAUGAACAGUUUUCUAUAACUCUCAUUACUCAGUUCUUUGAAGACAUGGAAGCUUAUGCACAUGGAGUACAUGUUUCAAAUUACCAGAGUGAUGGAAAAAAAUGUACACUUUCAAAAGAGCAGUGCGUUAUAAAAAUCACUUCAUUGAUCAAGGUUCUCAAUACGGUAUUAAAAUGUAUGGGGCAACAUUUACAUUCUACAUCCGCUAUGAAAUGGAAUUUCCUGAAUAAUUGUUUUUCAAAAAUGCUUGACACAGUAAUCAUUUCUUUGGAAUUUCUUGUAGGUGAAGAAUUAAUAAUUGCUGCUAAUGAAUGUUCAAGCUUAUUGAUGACAUUUUUGCAAAAUAAGGUCUCAUCUAACAGUUUUAAAUUGUGUUCCCUGAUAAACUUAGAACUUGGUGUUUUGAACGUUUUUGGAGAAGAAGCAGUGAUCUCAAUGCUCUCGUUCACAUCCAGAAUUGUGCUUAACGUUAGUGCUAAUUUGCCAGUGCAGCUUGUUCAUCAAAUUUUGACACCGGAAUCGCCUGUUCUAAAAUUACGCUUUUCGACGAAUAUGAAAAUUCAAAAUGCUGUUUUGGGAAUUUACCACAGUCUUCUUAACUUGAAAAAUAUUUCUCCUCUUCAGGAAGCUUACAGGUACAUUUUAGGAGAUUUAGAAGUUGCGUACAAAAAAGUAAUGCCAUCCCUUUCUGUAAUAUGUCAAACAAAUCCAUUUAUUGACGUGGAAUAUGCAGAUGAAGAUGUAGAAAUGGUUAUAAUGUUUCAUUUGAGAGCAUUAGCUGAUUUGGCAAAGGCCAGUAGUUCUAUAAUAGGAAUUUGGGCACUUCAGCCAAGUAUAUUAGAACUUUUAGCCGUGAAACUUGAACCGUUUAACAAAAACCUAGUUAAUUACAGUCCCACAUUGCAAUAUUGUAUUAUUUAUCUAUUGUACACACACUGCACUGUAAAUAAUAAUUUUGUUUCUAGUAGUGGUUUAGUGAGUGCAGUAAGUGAUGUGUCAAAUGUAUGUGAUGUCUUGGGUCUUCAAUUGGUUUUAAGUUCUUUUGGUUCUACGUCUCCAACCAGUGGAUAUUUUUCUCUGAUACUUGUAGCUUUAACAAAAAUUCUGACGAAUGUUUCAUCACAACAAACCAUAUCUCUCACUCUGGAUUGGGCAAGAGAUGUUAUCACUCAAGUAAAGUCGUAUAUACGUAUCUUACAACAUGCUCAGGAAUUUGGGGAUUUUCUACAUGCACUUGUGUCUGCCGGACACACUCACGAUGAAAUGAUAGUUUUGAAAGUAUUGCAGAAUUUAGAAGAAUUGCUUAGCUGUAAUAAAACUUCAUGGAACCCACAAUUCUUGUUAAGUAUUUUGAGUCUUUGUUUCCUUCACAAUAAUUCAUAUAAUGAUGCUGUGAGUUCAAAAUCGUGUCAGGUGAUGACACUGCUUCCUUGGUACAUAAUUAUUAGUGGAAUUGAAGAAUUGAUGGAACCGAAAAGGGAUAACUUAAGAAAUAUUACAUUUUCUCAACAGUGUAUUCAUGGCAUUCAAAAGCAUUAUAUAACUAAGAAUACUUGCGGCAGAAUGCCAGGAAUUCAUUUCAAGAAACUAAUUGGAUACGUGUUAAAUGGGGUUUUGUCUUUAGAGACGAAUUGGAUGCUAGAUACUUUCCACAGUUCUGGAAAAUGUUCUCAUAUACAAGAAGAUCAUAAAACAUGGACAUUAUUUAAUCACGUUGUUUCUGCAAAUGACAUGGUGUUGUUAUCAUCUUUAUCUUGGCAAGCUGCCCAGUUUUGCACUACAACAAAGUUAAGAACUCCCUUAGGAAAACCUCAAGAUACAUUUACAAGCAUUGAAGGUGCAAUAAAAAACUUGGUUAAAGAGUUGCAUACCUCGUUCAGUCUUCCCGAAAUGGAGGGUAAGCCAGAUAACCUUUCUGACAACACUUUUUCCAGCUCCGGUGCUCCACUGCGAAAUGAUGGCAGCCUCGGAUCAGGUGAUUUUGUUAGCCUCUCUAACACUUCUUUUGGGAGAAAUGGUUCAACUGGAAUUAAUUCAGCGAGCGACUUAGCAAUGGAGCAAGAGCAACAACAAGGAAUUGCGCUACAACCACAAAAACCGCCAGAUUCAGCCAAUAGUCGUUUUAGUGUACAAUCUGAUAUGGGAGGUUGGGAACACCGGCGAGUGAGGUUGUUGCUAGAGUUCUUAGAAAAUUUGGAGAAAUGUAUCUACAAUGCAGCCGAAGGUUCUACCACUUUAUCUCCGCCAUCGAAAACUGUGAGGCUCUUUUUUCAUACAAACAAGAACACAUGUGCUCAGUGGUUUGUGCGAAUUCGAAUGGCUGUUAUUGUGGUUGCACUUCAUUCUGGCUAUGCUGCUGCAGUAGUGAGAUAUGCUCAUUGUUUUAUUCAAGAUCUCGUGGAUUCUAAAAAUAUCCAGGGAUCAGAAUUUGAGCGCACAGUAUUGUAUCUCAGUUGGGCAUUGUGUAGAUUACGUGAACCAAGAGCAAUCGUUGGUUUGUUUGCCUGGUGCCUUGGACAUGGUCGAAAGUUUCAAUGGCUUCAAGCUGUUGCUGAACAAGCAGCUAGUAAAUAUGAAUCCGCCCUGAACAGUUACACGCAAGUAUUAGGUGUGCAAGUUUCAUCAACAUCGUCGAAAAGCGAUGAAGGUGGUCUUGCGAAACCCAACGACGGGCGUGAAUCCAAUCAGCUCCUCAGAGAGUUCAUUUCAGAGCAAGUAAUGAACUGUUAUUUGUCUCUUAAUAAUUUCGAAGAAUUUUUGAAAUGGAAUCAACAGGGUGAUUUUGUAGAUACUGAACAAGUAAAUGCUACAUCGAAACAAUUGUUUGGAAAUGGAUUUACUAUCGAACAAGUCCAUGCCAUGAAACAUUUUCAAGAAUACGGAUUAUCGGCUUUUGUUGAACUAGAAAAAUGGAAUAGUCUGCAUUUUGAGGAAAGUUCAAUUAACACAGAUAAGCUUUGGAAUAGUAGCGUUCUAAUUAAUUAUAUAGACGCAACUUUGGUGAACAUUUCUUUACAAUUAGCUAUCGAUAUCAACCGAAAGAAAAUUGAGGAAACAGGUUUCUCUGAACAAACGACUUGCAUGAAAACGCUUAUUGAAAAAUGUAUGGCACUAACGAAACGAUACAUACAAGAAGGUUUAGGAAAUAUGCCAUCUGAAAGUUUGCAUACCUGUGUAAUAUCAAAUUUUGCUGGAGCAGGGCUUCUAUCAGUGUUACGCGGAGAACCAGAAAAAAAUAUGUUUACUGCAAGUGAAUGGAAAUCAAAACUUCAUUAUAUAAAUACAUCUGUUCUCACUAAUGUAGUGUGGUGGACUGAAUACUUUGACCAGAUGAACGGGAAAAGAUUUCAUAAUCAAGUAAAUGAUCUUUAUUUAGACAUCUCUAGGAUUGCUCGUAAAGAAAGCAAUUACUAUUUGGCCAAAAAAUUGCUAUUAAAAUGCCUGUCUUGUAGUGGUUUCAUAACCGAUUCUAUUCCUUAUAAAGAAAUUUCGCUGAAACAAGUUAUAGCAGAUUUUAUUAGCUUCAAUUCAUGCAUCACUGAAACUUGGAAUGCUAGAACUGCAAAGGCAUGCAUGGAAGGAGCAAAAUUGUUAUACUAUUCAAAUUGCCAUAGUUCUGCAGUAGAAGUAUGUGCUUUAACAAGCAUCGCAAUACUGAAUAUGCCUCUUGAUAUAGAUCUUGAAAUGUCAGAAAGAAAAUCUCGAACUUUGCUCACAUUAGCAAAAUGGCUUCAAAUGGAAUGUCAUUUAGAGGGCGAAUUAAAAGAACACCUGAACCAAAUAUUUUCAUGUAAAAUUCCAAGUUGUAAUUAUGUAAAUGCAUUGAACUCCAUUACCCCGGAACAGUUCGAUUCGCUGUUUCAGUGUGACAAUUGUGUAGUGUCUUCCACAGACACUGUUAUUGGGCGCCUUCUGUACACAAGUGUUUGUCAUUGUCCUGCUAUGGCAAAGGCAUGGAGUGGAUUUGCUGCGUGGUGUUACCGAUGUGGUCGACGAUCUGUAGAUGGGUCCAGCAAAGGAGGACUACAACUCAUCGACGCGGAGAGAAUUGCUAUUCAAGACCUUCUUCCUUUGGGAUCGUCUUCUGAAAAUUUGGAUGAAGUAUUUGCAGUUCUUAAUCAGACAACUGGAGCUGACGGAGAAGACCUUGUGUUGGGCGACAGUGUUUCAAACAAAAUUGAAACGCAUCUUAGAACAGUUAAUAUACUCCGUGAAUCAUCGCACGAAUUACUUUCUCAAGUAGCUGAAAUCUGGAGAAAUGCUCACAAGAGAUCUUUUACGUAUUAUAAAAUAUCUGCCGAGUCAUAUUUUAAGUACCUGAAUUUAUGUAACUAUGAGGGUCCUGAUGGUACAACUAUCACUGCUUGUCUACGUUUAUUGCGUCUGAUUGCGAAGUAUCCGUUCGCACUACAAGACGUAUUAGAAAAUGGAUUAUGUUCAACACCUACUCGACCUUGGAAAGGAAUCAUCCCACAAUUGUUUUCUAGGCUUGGCCAUCCUGAAGCAUAUGUUCGAAAACAAGUGUCAGAACUUCUCUGCCGGGUUGCAGUUGAUGCUUCUCAUCAAAUUACUUUCCCAGCUGUCGUCGGUGCCAUUACAGGAACGAGGCUUUCAGAUAUCCAUAUGCCUACUUCAACUCAUGGAUUGUUAAGUGUCCAUUCUUUAGAAACAGAAAAAAAUGAUAUUUACAAUUAUCAAGAUGAAAUAGAAGAGGAGGACGACAAUGAUGAUGAGUCCAUUGAAAGGGAGAAUAAGAUUCCCGUUCUCAAAAAUUGCUUCCAGACAAUGGUUGAUUUUCUUACGAAAAAGUUUCCAGAGAUUGUUUUGCAUGUCAAAUUACUUGUACAGGAAUUACGACGUAUCACCUUACUAUGGGAUGAGUUGUGGCUAGGUACAUUGGUGCAACAUCAGUCUGAAAUUACACGUUGUCUGACGCAAUUGGAACAAGAAGUAAUUCGAGUUGACAAGAACAUGACCCUCGAUUCUGACCUCAAAUUGAAAUUAAUUACAGAAAAACACCGCAUCGUUUUCAAACCAAUUGUGUUUGUGUUAGAGCAACUGCAGUGUAUCACUUCUGUUCCUCCAGAAACUCCUCAUGAAAAAUGGUUCCAGGAAAAGUUUGGAGAGUGUGUGUCUGAUGCACUGAACAAAUUAAAAUUUCCAGCUAAUCCACGUUGCCCUAAUGAAUCAUGGCAACCUAUGAAACAAUUUCAGUCGCGUCUUCAACAACGCUUUCAGAAACGCACAGCUUAUACAAUUCACAUUUCUAAUGUGAGUCCUGUUCUUUCUGCUAUGAAGUCUAACAUUGCUAUGCCUGGUGUUCCGUCUAGUGAAAAGCAUUCAAUUAGAAUUGCUUCUGUUGAUAAUAAUGUUACAAUUCUUCCCACGAAAACAAAGCCGAAGAAGCUCGUGUUCCGUGGAUCUGAUGGACAUGUGUAUUCAUAUCUUCUGAAGGGUCUCGAAGAUUUGCAUCUUGAUGAGCGUGUUAUGCAGUUUCUGAGAGUAGCCAACACAAUGAUGCAACAUGGUCCAGACGCCGACAGCUAUAUUGCCAGGCAUUAUUCAGUCAUUCCUCUAGGUCCAUGCAGUGGGUUGAUCAGCUGGGUUGACGGCGUUACCCCCUUGUUUAGUCUUUACAAACGAUGGCAGCAACGACAGGUUUUGCAGGUUUCACUUAAAGUCCAAGCAUCUGGUGGUGACACCGCAUCCAACAACACAGCACAAGUCAUGAGACCAUCAGAACUAUUCUUCAACAAACUUCGCCCUCUUUUGAAAGAAGUAGGCAUUGGCAACACGAACAACCGCAAGGAGUGGCCGUUACCCGUAUUAAGGCAAGUAUUAACCGAACUGAUGGAAGAAACUCCAAAAGACCUUCUGGCGAAAGAACUGUGGUACAAUAGUGUAAACGCUAGUCAUUGGUGGCAAAUCAUACGAACAUAUUCGUGUUCAGUUGCAGUAAUGUCAAUGAUCGGUUACAUAAUUGGCCUUGGUGAUCGACACUUGGAUAAUAUUUUGGUAGAUCUUAAUACAGGGGAGGUGGUGCAUAUUGAUUACAAUGUUUGCUUCGAAAAAGGGACUACACUCAGAAUUCCUGAGAAAGUACCUUUUCGCAUGACUCCUAAUAUUUGCACGGGCCUGGGAGUAACAGGAGUAGAAGGCAUUUUUCGCCAAACAUCAGAACAUGUUCUGAAAGUUAUGAGAAAAGGUCGUGAAACACUACUUACCCUCCUCGAAGCGUUUGUUUAUGAUCCUCUUAUUGACUGGAAACCAGAAAAUGACGAAGUUUUCACGGGAGCUGUGUACGGAGGUCAGGCUCUAAUUUUAGAAUCAAAGCAAAGAAGAAAGGAAUUGGAAAGGGAAGUGGCACAGUCUAUGUUCUGCAUUCGCAUGACAGAAAUUAAAUCCGCGUGGAUGAAUAAUAGAGAUGAUUUAAUUAUCUCUGUGCCACAAUUAGAUAAUCUUUUGAGAAAGUGGUUAGAGAUACAUAAUGAGAUUCCAGUAUUAGAAAAGACUUCACAUGAAUAUUUAAUGGAGAUGGAGUUAGUGAAAGAAGCUAUAACUGAAGGUCCUGGAAGUGAAAACCGUCUCUACACAUUAGGAUCUCGAUAUGUUAAAUUCAAGGAAACUCAAGAUACCAAAAGAAACGCUAGAGAAAUGUUAAAAACUAAAUUGGAAGAUGUAGAAAAACGUUAUAAUAUUCAAAGUACAGCUUUGGCUUCUGUUAGGAGUACAGAAUUAGACGAAUGGGCUGCAAAGUUGAGUUACCCUGAAGAUGAAAGUAAUAAUGUAGUAAAUGUUCAUGUAAACGAAAUUUUGCAAAAUGCUGGACAAAAUCAAAUGGUAAUACAGUACGAGCAAUCAGACAUAGAAUUUAAGAGAUUAACACAACAACAAACUACGUUGAUGCGCACUUGUUUGGAUUUGUUGAGACAGUAUGGGUCUAUUGCAGGAUUAUAUCCCGUUUCGUAUUUUGAAUCGCAUAGAACAGUAUGCUUUAUUCGUUGGGCCAAAUAUUUACUCGAGAACAUAUCCGUUGAACGAUGUCGUGAAGUAGCAGAUCAAUUUCAGUCACUUUUUUCACCUGACAAUAACAGAAACAAUAUCCUUUGUCAUACUGCGGUGUCUUUCAGUUAUCACUUACAAUCUGCUUUACAAAAUGCUAAUGUUCGCCUUUCUUACGCUGCGGAGAAGAUGACUUCAAAAGGCUUACCUGAUAGUAUUGCUACAUUUGAAAAUGAUUAUAAAGAAGCCCAGAGAGCAUUAGAAAAUUUUUGCCACAGAGAACAAACCACAAAAGUAGCAAUAGAGGGCGUAGCACUCACAACAUUAUGUUCUCUCAAUAGACAGUAUCUUAUGAAAGAAGCAACGGCUACGAGUGCUGGAGAAUAUCUAAUGGAUCUCACAUCAUUUGAUGGCGAAUGGUUUCUUGAUGAAAUGCACUUUCUGUACACCUUACUGUACGAAUUCUGUAAACUCCUUUCUCAUGAAGACAAUCUCUCCCCUACACAAGCUGAUGAUAUUGCAAGACUGAGACUAAUUUUGCAGUGUCUACAUUCGUGCAAUAUAAUGUUCAGAGAUUUGAAGGAACUGAAUUUUAAUUUUCAUACAAUCAUUCUUCCCGAAGCUCUGAAGACGCUUCAGAUUGAAGAGCCUAGUGUGCUGUCAGUUAUUAAUACUUUAGACGAAAUUAUUCAAAGUAUUGGAUGUCCAAUUACAGAUUUGAUAGCUCAGUUGGAAUUGCAUUUGCGUUACGUUAUAAUGGAUAUGGACUCCCCUCACAGUCACGCACAGAAACUUGUUAGUGUGCUCCAAAGUAAAUUCGAAUCUUUAUUUCUUUACUGUUCUGAAAGACAUAAGGAAACUGCCGGAGAAGAUGGUCUUAGCCCAGGAAAUAUGCUGCUAAUGGGAUUUAACUGCCUCUUCGAAGCUUUGCAGAUUGAAGGGACUACAUUUGCAGCUGCUUUUGAAAGAAUUGAUAUUCCUACGUCCUGGAAGACCAUAGACCAAAUUAGAGAAGCUAAAGCAUUGUCAGCGUUUGUAGUUGGUGAUCGUGUGAGAGGUGUUUUAGACUCCAUUUUCUUUUUGAAACGUCUGCAGAUAAUACAAGAUUUCUUUGCAUUGUGUUCUCAAAUGGCACGUAUGGAAUCUCCGGUAUAUGAUAAUAACCGUAUAAGUAAACCAAUUAGACAAUUCACUGCGGAUUAUGUCCGACGACAUAUGUUUGGCGUGUCGUCUCAAAUUCUUGCUCUGCUAUUAUGUUUCCACUUGAACCAGUGCUUAGGAUUUAACAUCGAAAUGGAAGUGGAGCGACGAGGCAAAGAUUUUGACAGUGACAUUUCUCUGGAAGAAUUAAUUCACAUGGGUAUUGACAAUUGUGUAAAAAGUGGUAUUGUUAAUACCGCAGCCCUGAAAGAAGCGUCACUCCUCGUGAGCAACCUCGAAAACGCUUGGCAGCAGCGUGAAUAUGCUUUGCGAAUCCAACAGGAAUAUGAAUUUUGGAGGUCAACAUCACACAGGCUACAGCUUCAACUCACUGCCCAUCAUUGGUUAUACGAAGAUCUUUUACCACAAAAUGUUCUAAUGUCUUCUUUACUACCUGUCAACAGAACAACUUUCAUGCGCGAAAUAAGGAAAACAUCUACCUCGCUGCUAACGCUGCAAUCGCGCUUAAAUGAAGUCCACAAUCAUCAUAAUGUCUUAGUAGUCAGUAUUGAACAGCGUCUGAAGUGGGUAUCAGGAGCAAAUCCCGCAUUAAGUGAGGUAAUGACAACUUUUGAUUCUGAGUGGCAAAAACGAACUUCGCGAUUUAGUAUGUUACAAAACCUGGCAACAGUUGUAAGCAGUACGUGCAAUGCUAUUUUGCACCACGAAGCAUUGAGAACAAGAACAUCGGAAGCAAUUGCGAACGAUGCAUCGUUUUUGCAGAUGUUAGAAUACUUGGAAAGAAGUUGUGCCUUAGCUGGAAAUUGUGAACAGUCCAUUAACGCUAGAGAGAUAGCAUUAAUCCACUUGUUGGCUCCUGAAGAAACGGUUGACCUCAAUUGGUUACAUAAAGUAGAAAUACUGAUAUCUGAUAAGAUAAAAUCGCUUCAAAAACAGAGAACAAAACUAUUAGAUGAUUUCUGUAUUGUCAAGAAAAAUCUUAAAAAACAUGUUGUGACAAUAAGAGAUUACUUUGUAAUUCAUCGCGAAUUAAUGUUUGAUGUACACAAACUUAUUAAGUCUUUGGCCAAAAGUGAAGCAGGUAUCCGUGAUGAUUUUAAAAACUACCUCAUUACUUACCGGACAUUUUCUGAAUAUUAUUCGUUGUUAAUCAGAGAGCUGAUAAAUGAAAAUUUGGAUUAUGACAAAAUUAUUCAAAGCCUGAAACACAUAGAAUUUAUUAAAGAGAAGACUAAUUAUAUUUAUGCAGAAAUCCUAGAAUUUGCUGAUAAUAUCGGAGAAAAAAUGAGAUGUGAAACAGCAACCGAAGAUAUUUUUUCUGGAGGGUCUCGUGUUGAAAGAGAUUGUAUGGUUUCAAAGGAAGAUACACAAGUCCCAAAAGUCGUCAGAAGUGGAAGAGAUUCAAAAACUGGAAAAGCUGUCCAAACUCGAAAUUCCUAUGCUUUAGGUGUGUGGCAUAGAGUUCGCAUGAAACUUGAGGGUCGAGAUCCGGACACAGGAAGAAAAUAUUCUGUGCAGGAACAAGUUGAUUAUGUUACAAAUGAAGCUAUGAACUUGGAUAACUUGGCACUUUUGUACGAAGGCUGGACACCGUGGGUGUAA